ACCUUGUGUGCAGCCGCAGCCGGUAGCCGCCGCCGCCAGUAGCCCUCCCCGCCGCUCCACUCGCGCAAUGCUCGUGGCCGCGCCGCUGGUUUAACUUCGGGGGAAGGUCUGAUCCGGCGGCUUCCGGACCAAAUCGGCCGCAUCCAGCCGCCCAGUUCGACCCUCUUCCCGAUCCCCCUACUCGUGCUGGCUAGGCCGAGGAGGCAACGGAGGAGGAGGAAGGUGGCCCUCUUCCCGAUCUCCUGAAGUUCUGUUGCUGUGCACGGAUCAAGCUCGCUCACGUUCUGCUGUUGAUCCAACGCCCAGGUGCACACAAGGAAAUAUGAUGACUUCGGGGUCAAUAUCUGAUGCAUUCAAUGAGUCCCAUGUAUCUAACCAUGAACGAAGAUUGAAUGAGCUGAAUUAUAGAGUCAGAGAAGUUAAUCUACCACAAAUGGAAUGCAUCAAUGUUAUCAAACAAAUUAAAACAGAAGCUUCAAAUAGGGAUAAAUUAAAACACUUCACUAUGAAUUCUAGAGCCGAAGAACCUGAUGACUUAAGGAGCCAUGAGGGAAGUGGUGAUGAAACUGGAUCAGAAGAUGGAGAAGAUGACACUGAACAGGGUGAUGAAACUGAAUCAGAAGAUGGAGAAGAAGAUGAACAUGAACAAGAAGAGGAAGUUAGACACGAACAUCAGCAAACUCAUGAAAUUGUAGAGAAGACUAGAAGAGGACCUACUCACAUGAGGCGUUUCUGGAAAGAACACGAUGUUGAUAACAAGAUUAAUUUGAAGUUUAACAGAUUUGGUCAGCCAUGUGGUUUGAAGACAUGCAAGCUGUCAAAUUUUAUUGGAACCCUAGUGAAAGGAAAAGAAAUAUCCUUAGCUGCUCAAAACUGGAGCAAAGUACCAAAGUUAGAGAAAGAAAAGUUGUGGGAUUCUGUCCAGGCUUUUUUCAACAUUGACGAGUCAUACAAAAGAUGGGUGUUGAGAUCAGCAAGUAAGAAAUGGAAAGACUUCAAGGUUGUUUUAAAGAGGAAAUACUACAAAGCUGAUUUGUCAUGGGCACGCAAUAUUCUUAAUGGUUGCGAUAAUAGAAUCCCAAUUGGACAGUGGGAGUGGCUAGUAAAACACUGGAGAACAGACAAAGCUAAGGAAAAAUCUGAGAGAAACAAGGCCACUCGGGCAUCGCAAAUCGAGGGAUGCAACGGGACCCAUAUAAGUUUUGCAGUUGUCCUUGAUCAAAUGGAGAUGGUAGAGGGUAGGGAAAUUGGGCGUGCCGAGCUUUACGUGGUUACACAUACGAAAAACGAUGGAUAUCCAGUCAACCAACAAAGUGGAGUAAAAAUGGAUGACAUUAAAAAAAGGAUUCGGGCAGAUCCUUCUUUGAUUGGUGAGGAGGCUCGUGAUGGUGAUCUUUAUUCAUCAAUUUUCCCAAAAGAAAAGAAAGGAAGGCCAAGUGGCCUUGGUCUAUUAGUAGGCGGAGUGGCUUCGGAGCGCCUUGCUCAAGUUGAAGCUGAACUACAUGCUGCUAAACAAGAGAACGUGGAGCUUCGGCAUGUGGUGCAUACUCUGGUAGCAAAUCAAGUUUGACGUCACCAAAUAGUACAAGUGUGGUGGCAAUUGGAACCAUUCAAAAAACUGAUAGAAAAGCUAAAGCUACUGAUGGCCAACCACUAGCUGAUUGUGUUGAAGUUCUUGUCAACAUCGUGCUCAAAGAAACAACUGAGCUGCCUCGUGCACAAGGAAAAAUAAACAAGCUAGGAAAUGCCCAAGCUAGGUGUAUUCCAUGGCCACGCAAAAAUAUGAUACUACCUCGCUACACUCUAAGGUUUCUAGUGUUUGUAGUCAGAUGUCAGUCAACAAUAGCGAGAAUGUGGAUCCCGACAAAAUAACUACUGGAACUCAGGUGACCAAGCAUCAGACUGAUUGCGGUACUUUAGAAGGUGUAGUGAGGAAUACCCUGAAGAGAAAGAAAGUUUUUGAGACGACAAAAAUGAAAAAAGAUGCCUAGAAAUGCCGGUACACUCCUGAAGGUUGAAGUUGAAGGUGACACACCGCUGAUUGGCUUGCUCUUGUCUGCAUCCGUCUAUGAUUGAUUGCAUCAAGCUGGAACACUUCUUCAUAUUGUUGUCACAACAGUAGGCAGUGUACAUUUCUGUUUGUGAUUGAUACUUUGAUAUUGUUUCAGAAUUUGUGAAGAUGUUCUGAUGGUCAUGCUUUACAUUAUUCGCGUGCAUGAUGAUACUUCUAGAUGAUGCCAGAUCCAGAUGUUUUACUGUUGGAUAUUAUUCGCGUGCAUAUUAUUA